AUGCAGCUUCUACUUACAGCUGUGACUGUGCUUCUGGUUGCUCCCGAAGUUCAAGCUGGAACCCAGCAUCAAAUUUCGGGACCAACUGUUCGCAUCCGGAACGGAACGAUUGUUGGCAAAUAUGUCGAGUCCCACGACCAAGAUCUUUUCUUGGGAAUUCCUUUUGCGCAACCCCCGAUCGGAGACUUUCGUUUUAAUGCACCUCAAUCGGUGAAUGAGACCUGGAAAACCCCUUUGAAUGCGACUGCAUAUGGCCCCCACUGUAUCAAUUACUUGCUGGGCUUGCCAAUGGAUCCCGCCGACCUCGCCACCAGGUAUCCUCAGAACGAGGACUGCCUGACGAUCAAUGUUGUCCGCCCAGCAGGAAUGAAUCCAAGCGCGCAUCUUCCCGUGUUGACCUAUAUUUUCGGAGGCGGUUUCCAAGAAGGAGGCUCCGGCGAUGCCAGAUACAAUGCCUCCGCUCUAGUUGAGAAGUCCGUUCAAAUUGGCCAACCGUCAAUUGUGGUAACCAUGAACUACCGUCUUCAGGGAUGGGGCUUCUUAGCCGGGAAUGAGGUUCGCAGUAAAGGUCUCCUGAAUCUUGGUUUACAGGACCAGCGACUGGCUCUCCAGUGGAUCCAAGAAAAUAUUGAAGCCUUCGGGGGAGACCACCGGAGAGUCACCAUCCAAGGAGAAUCCGCCGGUGCUGCUUCGGUGGGCUUUCACCUUUUAGCCAAUGGAGGACGAGAUGAGGGCCUUUUCAAUGCUGCAAUCUGUCAGAGUGGCGGACCCUACUACUUUGGCAGCUUUGCGCCAGAUAUUCAGUCCGAGAAAACCUAUGAAAGCGUUGUCAGGGCAACAAAUUGUACAGAUGCGAACGAUACGUUGAAAUGUCUUCGCGAUGCGCCUUUUGACGCAUUGAAUACCGCGUUUAACAGUCACUCAUUCCUUCCGGUUAUAGAUGGAACCAUCAUCCCCGAAUAUACCUCUACCGCUCUUGCCAAUGGCCGGUUUGUGAAGGUUCCUCUGCUCAUCGGUGCCAAUACAGAUGAAGGUAAGGUCUUUGCCGGCAUGGGCGUCAAUACCACUGAAGAGCUCGCUGAAUACAUUGCACAAUACUCAUAUGUUCAUGCCACCAACAAAGAAACCAUUCGUGAUCUGCUGAAAGCGUAUCCUGAGCCGGGCACCAACUCCAUCCAUGGUCAGUCGGAUGAUACCCUUCCAGUUUCUGCACCCUAUGGAGCUCAGUUUUUGCGCACCGCCAGAUAUACCGGAGAUGCAUUGUUCAUUGCCGGGAGGCGCUACGCGUGCGAAGUCUGGACUCAACAUGGCCUCCCUUGCUAUAGCUAUCGCUUUAACACGAUUCCUGGAGCCACCAAUCCUCUCUACCUUGGUGCCACUCAUUAUGAGGAAGUAGCAUUUGUUUUCAAUAAUGUGCUGGGACAGGGAAUGCCAUCAAAUGCUUUUAACGUUCAGCCCGUCGCACGCGAAGACAGCUAUAAGCAGCUGGGGGACAUUAUGAGCCGGAUGUGGAUGAGCUUUGCCGCGACGCAGUCUCCCAAUAACCACCGGGUGAAAUCAUUCCAGACUGUCUGGCCCGCGUACAACUUGAAGAACCCCCAGAACAUGGUGUUCGAUGGAAACGCCACGAGCUUUGUGGAGAACGAUGAUUGGCGUACCAACGCAAUCAAGUUGAUUGUCGAAAGAUCCCUGAAUUUCUCUCGUUAA